CCACUCGCUCCAGACUGAGCUCUGCAGUAGCCAUGGCAACCGCUCUGUUUGGAUUGCUGGGAGUUUUGCUCUGCGCCCUUGCCGUUAGUAUUGAAGUCACACCGCAGGCCGACUUCGACGUCCAGGGGGUGGCUGGGAAAUGGUACCUGAUUGGUUUUGCUACCAACGCAGAGUGGUUUGUCGCCCGUAAGGCAAACAUGAAGACAGGCGUCGCCAUGUUGACGCCAAACGAUGAUGGAGGCCUAGAGAUGGCAUAUUCCAGUCUGAAUCCUGAUGGCACAUGCUGGAGAAUGACCCAUGUGGCUCAGAAGACGAAUGUUCCGGGGCAAUUCACCUUCUACAGUGACCGCCAGGAAACUGUAAAUGCCAUGCGUGUUGUGGAUGUGAAGUAUGAUGAAUACGCUGUGAUCCACACCAUCAAGACCAAAGACGAUUCCAUAACUUUCCUGAACAAACUCUACGGCCGAACACCAGACUUGGGCCAGGACGUCCUGGACAGAUUCACGGAGUUCUCUCUGGAACGAGGCAUUCUGCCUGAGAACAUUUCUGUCCUGCCUAAGAAUGACGAGUGCCCUUGAACUGUGGAUUUGAAGAUCCUAUCUGAUGCUCGAGUCUCGGAAGACUUUUUGUAGUGAAACAUUUGAAUUCUAACUUUUAAACUGAAAGCACUCUUUAACCCUCUAAAACAUCUCUCUUCCUUCGAUUUUUUUUAGUGUGGACAAAUAAAAACUUUUGUGAA